GACACCGCCGCCGUGACAAGAUGAGCAAGGCCCAGCAGAGCCAGGAGCCGCUCUCGGAGCUGGAGAAGUCCAUGGACGUCAUCAUCGACGUCUUCCACCAGUACUCGCGGCGGGAGGGGGACAGGGACACCCUGAGCAAGAAGGAGCUCAAGCUGCUGAUCGAGAAGCAGCUGGCCAACUACCUGAAGCACGUGAAGAACAAAGCCACCAUCGACCAGAUCAUGAAGGACCUGGACGUCAACAAGGACGCGCAGAUCAGCUUCGGGGAGAUGAUGCUGCUGGUGACCCGCGUCACCUGCGCCACCCACGAGCACCUGCACGAGGUGGAGGACCAGCAGCACCAGCACCACCACCACCAGCACCACCACUGAGGCUGCAGCCGCCUCUUCCCCGCCCUCCGGGGAAUCCUGGAGCUCCGGGAAAAGCUCCGGAGCCGAACCCAGCCCCCGUCCCGCCCUUGCUCCCUGCUCCGCGUCCUCCCGGCGCCGCGGUUUUGCUGCCAAAUAAAG